AAACUUUACAGUUUACAAAACCUCCUCUGAAAGUUUCAUCAUUAGUCAUCGUUAAGUAAAUAUUUCUAAGCACACUAAAGAAAAAAAAAUAUUUGUUAGCACCUCAUGAAUAAUUAAGUUGGCAUCCCUAUUGACAUUAAUUUUUGAUUGACAUUUGUCAUUUGUCGUUAAUCAGACCGGCCGCGUCAAAUAAUUGCUUUUAUCACCUUUUGAAAUAAAAUGGCAGAUCCAGUGGAGCCGCCCCCUUUAUUUGAAAACGUAGAUAUUCUUUCCGAUCGAAAAGAAGAUGAUGAUUUAUUUGUGUCGGCAAGACAGGAGCAGCCCGAAUCGUACAAAGAUGAAACUCAGGAAGGCCUCAACGGCGAUGCAGACCUAAAUAAUCUUUCUCUGGACGAUCAGAAACCUGAAAUGGAGACUGUUCCAAUCAACAACAGUGGAACAUUGCCAGACACUAUGGAACAAGUCGAAGCUGCACAUGGUGACCAGUUUUUAGAGAUAUCAAUCACGGAGCCUCAGAAAGUGGGCGAUGGGAUGGGCGCUUAUAUGGCUUAUAGAGUCACAACAAAAACCAACAUGCCAAUAUUUAAAAAACGCGAAUUCUCAGUUACGAGACGUUUUAGCGAUUUUCUGGGGCUCCAUGACAAAUUAUCAGAGAAAUAUCUCAAGGUCGGAAGGAUUAUACCACCAGCGCCUGAAAAGAGUGUCAUUGGGAUGACUAAAAUUAAGAUUUCCAGUCAAUCUGAAGGCAGCCCUUCAAAUGGAAACGAUUUUGUUGAACGCAGGCGCGCAUCUUUGGAGCGUUACCUAAAACGCACUGCCCAACACCCAGUCCUAGUACUGGAUCCAGAUUUUAGAGAGUUUUUGGAGUCAGAUAUUGAAUUGCCCAAAGCAACAAGCACCUCAGCUUUGAGCAGCGCUGGCGUUAUGCGACUCUUCAAUAAGGUGGGCGAGACAGUCAACAAGAUUACUUACAAGAUGGAUGAGACUGAUCCAUGGUUUGAGGAUAAGUUGGCGCACAUUGAGGCUCUUGAAACUCAAUUGAGGAAGUUGCAUGCCAAUGUUGAGGCGAUGGUGGCUUAUAGAAAAGAAUUGAGCCAUCUGACUAACGGCGUUUCUCGAUCAGCGGCCAUGUUGAGCGCUUGUGAAGACCAUAAUUCUCUCUCUAUGGCCCUGUCUAAUUUGGCAGAUACUGAAGAAAAAGUAGAAGCAUUGCAUUUAGAACAGGCUAACACAGAUUUCUUCAUUCUCUGUGAGCUAUUGAAGGAUUAUUUGGGGCUUCUCGGCGCUGUUCGUGAUGCGUUCCAUGAAAGAACCAAACUUUUCCAACAUUGGCAACAUUCACAACAAAUGUUGGCCAAAAAAAGGGAAGCCAAAGCUAAGAUGGAGCUAACAAAUAGGACAGAUAAGGUGGAUCAAGCCGGCGCUGAAGUGAUAGAGUGGGAAGCCAAAGUAGAACGCGGUCAAGAGAAUUUCGAUAAGAUCUCAAAAAUGAUCAAAACGGAAGUAGAGAGAUUUGAAAAAUGUCGCAUUCAGGACUUUAAAAUUAUGUUUAUAAAGUAUUUUGAAAACCACCUCAACCACCAAGCCCAGCUUGUUAAAUACUGGGAAGCCUUCUUGCCGCAAGCCAAAGCGAUUGCUUGACUAGAGGAUAUCUGUAAAGAAUAGCAGAAUAGACAUUCCUAUUGGAGAUUUCCGGAAGUUUAAUAUGUAUUAUACAAUUUUUGAACUUAUUUAGCACGAAGAGUCUCCAUAUUCGUCCCUUUUUAUUAUAUUUUUUUGUCAUUUAUACAUAAUCAAAUAUUUGUAGUUUAUAACUAUUGUUGAAACUAUUUAUGUUACUUUGUAGCCCUUGUGUAUUUCAGCGCUACGUUAAAAUAUAGGUACUUUGUUAUAUAAAAAUCGCCUAAAGAAUUAUAUUUAUUAUGUGCUUUGUGUGAAACAUGAAUAAUAUACCCUACAUUGUGAUAAGAAUAUGCUCAGUUUUUGUAGCUUGAUUCUUGUUCAAGUCUAGUGCAAAUUUAAGGUAAUUUAGGUCCCAUAUUGGCAUUGUGUACAAGUGAUGCAUAAAUUAUCGAAUAUUGUACUGCUUCCAUUAUGUAAAAAAAAUUAAAUAAAGUUGUACAUUGCA